UGUCGCCCCAGGGCCGGUCCCAGAGGGCCUGAUUCGAAUCUACAGCAUGAGGUUCUGUCCCUUUGCGCACAGAACGCGCUUGGUCCUCCUGGCCAAAGGCAUCAGCUAUGAAGUUAUCAACAUUAACCUGAGAAACAAGCCUGACUGGUACUAUACAAAGCACCCCUUUGGCCAAAUCCCUGUCCUGGAAAACAGCAGAUGUCAGCUGAUCUACGAAUCUGUGAUCGCUUGUGAGUACCUGGAUGAUGCUUAUCCCGGAAGGAAGCUGUAUCCAUAUGACCCUUAUGAGCGAGCUCGCCAAAAGAUGUUAUUGGAGCUGUUCUAUAAGGUCCCACAUUUGACCAAGGAGUGUCUGGUAGCGUUGAGAUGCGGGAAAGAAUGCUGUGAUCUGAAGCUAGCCCUUCGUGAGGAAUUCUGCAACCUUGAAGAGAUUCUUAGCUAUCAGAACACCGUCUUCUUUGGUGGAGACUGUAUAUCCAUGAUUGAUUACCUCUUUUGGCCCUGGUUUGAGCGGCUGGAUGUAUAUGGAAUAGCUGACUGUGUGAACCACACCCCCGCUCUUCGGCUCUGGAUAGAGGCCAUGAAGCAGGACCCCACGGUGUGUGCUCUUCUCAUAGAUAAGAAUAUUUUCCUGGGCUUCUUGAAUCUCUAUUUUCAGAACCACCCCGAUGCCUUUGACUAUGGGCUGAGUUGCUGAGCCCCAUGGUCCUCCCCUUCACUACCCAGAAUUCCCAAGCAUGCCGUGACACUGUUCCAGGAGUUGUUUG